AGUCAUCAGAUAAUGUAGGCCUAUAAAUUCAAAAGACGUUGAACAUGUUAACAUCAGUUGCUAGCUGACAAGAGAGAAAAAUGCAUCCGCUGACAAAUUGUUUUCUGCCUCUCCUGGUAUUUGCGCUCUGUGGUGGCAGCGUGCCAGAGUCAGGCGCUCACACACCGACUUAUAUCUGGAAAGAUGACGCGACAGGGGAUUCCCUUACGUGCGACCUAUGCGCUCCUGGAACUUACUUACUGAAGCAUUGCACAAAGGACCGCAAGAGCGACUGCGGACCUUGUCCAAGGUCCCACUACACAGAGAUCUGGAACUACAUCGAGCGGUGUCAAUACUGCAAUCGUUUUUGCACGGCUGAUGAGAUUGAAAGCGUGCCGUGCACCCAACUGCACAACCGACAGUGCGAGUGCAAGGACGGGUUUUACAUGAGACAUGGGUCAUGUUCAAGGCACAGAAGGUGUCCACCCGGGGAAGGGGUCAUCUCCGAUGGAACCGCACACACUGAUGUGAAAUGUGAACCUUGCCCAGUGGGCUUCUUCUCUGCAGAGUCCUCCAGUAGGAAAACAUGUCAGAAGUUUUCUGUGUGUGCCCCAAGUCGCACCACUAUACCUGGCAAUAACAUGAAUGAUGUUUACUGCUCAGCAUGUACGAAUGGUUCAAGAACACAUGAAGAUGAAGCUAUAUGUGAUGGGGAGUUGAUGGAAUUCCUGGCACUACAGAUCCUCACACCAAGAAAGGACAAAAGACUGGUGGCUGUGCUCAGGAGGAGUGCUGGUAAAGCCACAACCAAAAAUGCAACUGUACUAGACCUCCUCAAAACUAUUAAGAACAAACCUGGCAAACCUUUUGCUAUUCAAAUGCGUGAUAUCCUGAACACAGACAGGCUGCUCCAUUUAAGAACUAAAGUCAACAAAUGGUUUCCUCAUAUGAAUUUAUAGGGCUAAUAUAUAUCACCACAUAUUGUAAACAGUUUAUGUUCUUCACGUUUUUGUUUUGUAUCCAUUAUCUUAUUUUAUUCUUAUUUAUUGUUGUUUAUACACCUUGUGGGUGGGGGCAAUGGUUAAAAAAAUAG